CUAACUAAAGGGUCCCAUGUACUGGAGUAGCUGAUUGGUUACUAUGAGGAUUCUUGCUCGCGGAUUGGUUAAUGCUGAGUGGUGUUUAGAGUUUUUCCCAUAUCAAGCUUGACAGCACCACAUCGUUGAUGCUCCAGCGGAGACACUAAGAGAGACAGCUGGAGAAGAAAGAGACAGCCACCGAGAGUGGACGGGUGGAAACAAAGCUUUCCUAAAAUAGUCUUUACAUUCGGUGAUCCGGAUAAAGAAAGAAAGUGCAAAGGAGCUGUCCGAAGAAGAAAAAAGAGACAGUCACAAAACAGGGAGGAGAGCAUGGAGGAGAAAAGAGACAGUCAUUAGGAAAAAUAUAAGGGAAGACAAGACACCUGUGGCUCUGCCCAGACCCUGCGUUAGAGGACAUGAUGUGAGAAGAAGCUGUAGGGCAGCCUGGGAGAAGCACACCAGGGCAGAUUGCGACUGCCCAUCUCAAGAGACAGCUGGAUAAUAUUGGCUGAAUGUGCGCUGGCAGCCUGAGGGAGCCCUCGCCUCGGCCCCACUCUGGUGCACGGUGAUGGUGGCGGCAGGAUGCCGUGGUUGCCAGUGAAGAAGAUCCGCCGGCAGUUUAAGCUGCUACUGUUGCUGGUGCUUCUUACUUCCGCUGUCUGGGUCACCUAUCUUCACAUCAGCCUUGCAAGGCAAGGUAAAAUCCUGCGGCUGCCAUUUGGCUACAACAGAGAUGGGGAGAAACCCGAAGGUACUGACCCUGCUCAUAAACCAGGAUGGGCUCAGGCAUCACCCCCUCACCCGCAGGCAGGGGAGUCUAGUGAAGAACUGCCAACGCUGGAUGCUCUUGGUUGGCGGAGGGGCCACAGGUGGCUCCCAAACAUGAAGGAGGCCAACCUUACAGAUGUAUCUCUGCCCUGGGAUGAGAAGUAUAAAGGCAAGGUAAACCUCCAUGUGUUUGAGGACUGGUGCGGGGGAUCUGUACUGCACUUGAAAACCAACUUGCACUUUCCUCUUUACCCUCACACUCGUACGACUGUCACCAAGCUGGCUGUGUCACCCAAAUGGAAGAAUUACGGACUAAGACUGUUUGGCUAUAUACAUCCUUAUAAAGAUGGCGAUUUUCAGUUUGCUGUGGCUUCAGAAGACAACUCUGAGUUUUGGCUCAGCACUGAUGAGAGCCCGUCCAGUGCCCAACUUACAGCUUACGUGGGAAGAACGGGCUCUGAGUGGACUGCUCCUGGGGAGUUUACAAAGUUCAGUCCCCAGAUGUCCAAGCCUAUAAGGUUAAUGAGCUCCAGACGCUACUACUUUGAACUCCUUCACAAGCAGGAUGAUCGCGGUUCCGACCACGUGGAAGUUGCAUGGCGUCUGGCUCUCCCAGGCACAAAAUUUGAGAUAUUGGACUCCCCCUACCUGUCCUUAUACACAGAUGAGGCCGCUCUCAAGAUGAAUGAGGUAUCGCAUAUCCCAAGAACCCUCUCCAGUCACAGCAGCCACCCAUGGCAGGUGGGAAGAGAGGAUCCGGCAGCGGACAUCCUGAAGCAGGAUCCCCGGGACAACUUUUUUAUGACGCCAAUGAUUGAAAAAUCCAAAGUGGAGAAUGUACUGGUACCAUGUGCUUAUAACCCCACAUACGUGGUGAAGGAUUUCCCCAUUGCACGAUACCAGGGCUUGCAAUUUGUCUACCUUACCUUUGUUUAUCCAAAUGACUUCACCCGUCUCACUCAUAUGGAAACGGAAAACAAAUGCUUCUAUCGGGAAUCUCCCCUCUACCUCGAAAAGUUUGGAUUUUACAAAUACAUGAAAAUGGAUGAUGAAGAAUCCCCCCAGAUGCCCUUCCUGUUCUUCAACCGGCAACAUUUUCUGGAGGAAGAUGAUGAUGAUGACGAGGCACUGAUCCCUGGUACUUCACUCAAGCAGAAGACUAGAGAAGAAGAAACAAAAGACCCUCUUUCACCCACCAGUGAGGGGCAAGUGCAGACCCGCGUUCCACUGACUAAUUCCCUAAGUGCCACACCUAAAUUUAAUGCCAGUAUAGAGAUAGUUCACAGCCGGACUCUCAUGUGGGCACCCAGGGACCACCUGUCAACUGCACGUCGGGUGCAAAGGCGUCAUACACCUCCUCUAAAGGAAGUGACUGGGAAGAGAGAAGAUCUGGUGCCUACAGCUGGGGGGUCAGAGGUCAGAGCUAUCAAAGCAUUAGAUAUGGAAUUUGGAACAAAGGAGAGGAAAGGUUCAAGGAUCAGGAAAAGAGCUGGAAGAUCAGAAACUAGAAACCGAUUGAGAAAGCAAGAUGAUCGUAGAACAUAUGCACAAUCAGAGGUCACAGAGAAGCACGAGAAGCUGGAAGACCCGCCAAGUGAAGGAUACCAGUCUGACAUAACCACAAAAAUGGAAACACUAAAAGAGAUGUCAAAGGACAACCUGGUAACGACAACUAAAAAGGAAACGGAUAAAGUAUAUGUUACGCGUCUUCUUUCUGGAGUGCGGAAGUCAAGAGGUCCAGUCUUCCCAGGGGGGGUACUUUUGCCGAAGCCGAAACCCCGCAAAUCAUUUAGUCAACAUGACCAUUCCCAUACUCCUACUUCUCCCAAACUCCGUUAUGGGGGAAAAAAAGCCAAGGCUUGGAGUCCACCUGACACCUCUGAACUAGGACUUUUUAGUUGGGAGGGCCAAACAGAGGGGCCCGAUACCCUAACUACUACCUCAUCCAGUCUGCCUGGAGGUCCCCCUUUAUUAAGCUUGUCUUCUGAGGCCCCAGCAGAGGAAUUACAGGAUUAUAGCUAUGAAGAAGCAGAGCCGCGUCAGCGUUGGCCAGAAGAUGCCAUCAACUGGCAAAGGACAUUUAGCGUGGGCACGGUGGAUUUUGAGAUGCUUAGGUCAGAUUGGAACGACCUUCGCUGCAACGUCAGCGGCAACCUUCAGCUGUCGGAGGCAGAGACUGUGGAUGUGGUGGCGCAGUAUAUGGAGAAACUAAAUGAAAAGAACGGAGGAAUAUACACGUUAUUGCGCAUAAUCAACGUGGAGAAGCGCCGUGAUUCCGCCAGAGGAAACCGCUACCUUAUCGAGCUGGAACUGGAGGAGCGAGGGCGCAGGAGAGUGAGAUUGGCAGAGUAUGUGUACCUUCUGAUUCAUCGCGGGGCAGGCAGUGACAGUGAUGAGAGCCCCCCGGCAGAGACCCCAGAAAUCACACCAAGCCCACAACCUCCUGUCUACAGUAAACCUAUAUUAUGCCAACCAGUGAGUCUAAACUGGAACCCACGGGCCACAGUGCAUUUUGUUGUACCUGUGAAAAACCAAGCUCGCUGGGUCCAACAGUUGAUCUCAGAUCUAGAGUUCCUCUAUUUAAACACUCAAGAUGACCAGUUUAACCUGAUUUUGGUGGAUUACGACAGCGAAGAUAUGGAUGUCGAGAGUGCUUUGCAUCGAGCCAAAUUACCAAGUUAUCAGUACCUGAAAAGAAGUGGAAAUUUUGAGCGCUCGGCGGGCCUGCAGGCAGGAGUCGAUACCAUUAAGGAUAAUCACAGCAUUGUGUUCCUGUGUGAUCUGCACAUACACUUCCCUCUCUCAGUCCUGGACAGUGUGAGGAAGCACUGCGUGGAAGGACGCUUGGCCUUCGCCCCCAUCGUCAUGAGGCUGAGCUGUGGCAGUUCUCCUCUACAUCCACGAGGUUACUGGGAGGUGAAUGGUUUCGGUCUCUUUGGGAUUUACAAAUCUGAUUUUGAUCGGAUCGGCGGUAUGAAUACAGAGGAAUUCAAAGACCGCUGGGGAGGGGAGGACUGGGAGCUGCUGGACAGGGUGCUGCAGAACGGGCUGGAAGUCGAGCGAAUACGUCUGAGGAACUUCUUCCACUAUUAUCACUCCAAGCGAGGGAUGUGGAACACGCAGAGCCAGGAGGGGGCAGCAAAGGACUGAUUCCGUGCAUGGGGUAUCUGUGAGGAGUCCAUUUGUACCCUUCCAUGUUUUCUUUUUUUGUUUGCCAGGAGGGGGACAGCUGUUACUUUGAAUCGCCCUGCAGAGCGAGCGUUCCUCUGCAUAUUCAGCAGGGUCCUCCGGCAGGGCACUGAGAUGGUUGAGAUUCUAUGCAGGAGAUGACUUGAUGACUGACGUCUUACCCCUGCAGGUGCGGGUAGUUUGACCAAUACUCUUAAGAAUACAAAAGUAUUUAUACCUAGUAGUCAUGUGCUUAAGACCCUGAUGACCCCGUGAUUUGCACUCGGAGCACUAGAUAUUAUGAUACAUCUGUAAUUGCACUGUACGCAGGGUACCACCGUCCCCGUGGGUUUGGAGCUAAGAUUCCCGCUGCUCCACUUUUGGGACAUAUUUGAAGGAUUAAUAUGCCUGUUGGAAAUUUUAAUGAUUUGCAGUAAAUGCUGCCAACGAAAGGUUUCUAAGCAUAAAUAUAGUGCAAAAAUAUAUUUUAGG